GUGUGCGCGAGCACGAGCGGAAACGGCGUUUGUUGUUCUUCCCUCUGUUUCCGAGACGUUCAGGGUCUAAACGGGUUCAACAGCCGCGUCUGCAUGUCGCUGCCAAUUCCCGCAAUAACCCGUCUUCUACCGCCCCCGAAUGAAGAUUAACAGGUAUGCCAAAGGAAAAAUAUGAUCCUCCAGAUCCCCGCAGAUGUUACACCAUCAUGCCAGCCGACGAGGCGGCAAGUGGGAAGAAGUCUCACUGGUCCGAGCUCGAGAUAUCUGGGCGGGUGAGGAGCCUGAGCAGCUCAUUGUGGACACUCACCCACCUCACGGCGCUGCACAUCAAUGACAAUAACCUGACCCGCAUCCCGCCAGACAUCGCCAAGCUGCCCAACCUGGUCUACCUGAACCUGUCGUCCAAUAAGCUCCGCAGUCUGCCCGCCGAACUGGGCAACAUGGUCUCUCUCAGGGAAUUGCUUUUAAACAAUAAUCUUUUACGAGUUCUGCCUUACGAACUUGGAAGGCUUUUCCAGUUACAAACCCUCGGGCUAAAAGGAAAUCCUUUGUCCCAAGACAUCCUCAAUUUGUACCAGGAGCCAGAUGGAACCAGAAAGCUUUUGAACUACAUGCUCGACAAUCUAGCAGUGCACCCAGAGCAGCUCCCCCAAAGACCUUGGAUCACUCUGAAAGAGCGAGACCAAAUGAUCCCCACCGCUGUGUUCACGGUUAUGUGCUACAACGUGCUGUGCGACAAGUAUGCCACGCGACAGCUGUAUGGUUACUGUCCAUCCUGGGCCUUAAACUGGGAGUACAGGAAGAAGGGAAUCAUGGAGGAAAUCACCAGCUGUGACGCUGACAUCAUCAGCCUACAGGAGGUGGAGACGGAACAGUACUACAUGUUGUUUCUGGAAACGCUAAAGGAGCGCGGCUAUGACGGCUACUUCUGUCCAAAAUCUCGUGCCAAACUGGUUUCAGAACAGGAGAGGAAACAUGUGGACGGCUGUGCCGUGUUCUUCAAGACUGAGAAGUUCACUUUGAUCCAGAAACACACUGUGGAGUUCAAUCAGGUAGCCAUGGCUAACUCUGAGGGUUCAGAGGUCAUGCUGAACAGAGUGAUGACCAAAGACAACAUCGGGGUGGCCGUGCUGCUCGAGGUCAAUAAGGACAUGUUCUCCGGGGGCAUGAAGCCGCCUCAGGAGAGGCAGCUCAUCCUGGUGGCCAACGCCCACAUGCACUGGGACCCCGAGUACUCGGACGUCAAGUUGAUCCAAACCAUGAUGUUCCUGUCAGAGUUAAAGAGCAUUGCUGAGAGGGCCUCGGGCUCUGUGGCAACGGGAUCGCCGACCUCUGACCCGUCCUCAAUCCCCAUCGUCCUGUGCGCUGACCUCAACUCGCUGCCUGACUCCGGUGUGGUGGAGUAUCUGAGCAACGGAGGAGUGGCCGAGAACCACAAGGACUUUAAGGAGCUACGCUACAGCGAAUGUCUGACCAACUUCAACUGCAACGGCAAGAACGGAAACUCGGAUGGAAGCAUCACACACAGCUUCCAGCUCAAGAGCGCCUACGACAGCAAUCUGAUGCCUUACACCAACUACACAUAUGACUUCAAGGGUGUGAUCGACUACAUCUUCUUCUCCAAGACCCACAUGAGCGUCCUGGGCAUGCUCGGACCGCUCGACAGCCAGUGGCUCAUAGACAACAACAUCACGGGCUGCCCCCACCCGCACAUCCCCUCGGACCACUUCUCCCUGCUGGCCCAGCUGGAGCUGCACCCUCCCCUGCCCCACCCGCUCAACCCCCUCAACGGGCUGCACCUGCCGGUCCACAGGUAGUGCACCCUGAGAAUGAGAGAGAGCGCCCCGCCUACCCCUUUUUACCCCACCUUUUAAACACUGUCCCACCCUCCUCCUCCCUCCAGCUUUAUACAGGACCCUGUACAGUUCACGUUAAACUCGGACACCAUCUGACCGCCUCUAACCCCAAAAGGAGUGAAGUAUUUGCCCCGGGUGUUGCUCCUUUUUAUGUUUUUGCACACUGUAUAUUUUUUUUCUUUUCUCCCCUUGAAAAGGCUUGAUACCAAAUGUUGGGCUUGGGAUGAAGUAUUUCCCAACGUCUGUUUUGUUUUUUUGUUUUUGUUUUUUUGAUUAGUUGUAAUCAUGGCCGCUUAAAGAUUCUACAAUAACAAACUAAUACAAACAGUUGUUUAAGGUAAAUCUGCUACACAAACGUAAGCAUCAUUUCACACAGCUGUGAAAUUUUUAGAGUACAGACACGUGAUCGUAUUAAUGCUGCACAGUUUAUAGAGCUGAAACCUGCUUUCACUCCCAGAUUAACUGACAGGUAUUUAAUUGAACGGGGGGUCAACACUACAAAAAAAAACCCUCAACCUUUUGAAUGUUAUAGAAUGUAGAAGGAUUAUUUCUGUUGGUAAUUUUUUGGCAAAAAGGUCCUUAUUUGAGUUUCAACAAACUAAUUUGAUAAUAAGCGGGGAAAUGGGUGCAAAUUUUUAAGGAUAAAAUGUGCAAGCUGGGUGUUUUUUAAAAGUAAUGCUAUUUAGCAUGGAGGUAUGCGUCAUCCUGGAUCCAUGUUUAGAAUUAGGCCGAUGUCACUCAGCAUUGUAUGAAUUUCUUUCACUUUACCUCGGUGCGGUACAUGUCUUUUAUAAAAGUUUUUUUUCUUUUUGCAAAGGCUUUUGUUCUCUGCAGCUCUGAAGUAAUAAAACAAUCAGUUGUUCUAAUAUUUUUCUAAGCAUUGCAGGCAGAUUUGCUCAGACACUGCCUUUUUCCUGACAUCCACAAACAGUCCGUUUCACAGUUUUGAGCUUUUCAUGCUGUGAUUUUUUUUAAACCCCUGAUCUGCCUGGCCAAAGAAUCCCCCGCAGCAAGUGACAUGUCCUCCGUCAGUAAUAAGACCUUUAUUUAUCGGUGCCAGAGAGAAAACGUAUAUCGUUUAAUGUUUUAGUCAAUGUUUCCUGACCAAGAGGCUGAAUGUAUUUACUAAAAAGGCUCGCUAUGAAUUUGGUUCUCGGAGCCGAUUAAUGCCAGAUCCCUGUGGACUCUAAACUUUGUGUAUUUGUGUCAGAUGAUUAGAAGGAAUAGCUCUUUAUUCUGUAAGUCGUAACUCAGGGCUAUGCUAUGCAUCCAGCAGCACCUUUCACACUAAAGACUCUCAGAGUCAUGUCGUACGAGCAAAACCAAACAGGAAGCUACUGUUCUGAAAAAGCACAGGUUAUGUAUGCGUUUGCAUACGGAUAUGCUGUUGUUCAUCUUGUCGUUAUAGAAGUCCCAGGUCUUUGUGCAUUUUUGAUAAAAUACUGAUGCACUUUUACUCCUAACCUGGGAAAAUCACAUUUGUCCUAGUUUUAGAAGAAACAAAUAAAGCAUAUUUGGUCAGUUUUAAUUGAAUAAGAAUUUAGUUUGCUUUAAGGCCUUUAGAGAGGCUGACACGAUGAAUGAUAAGGGAUUGGACUGGGUGUCAGUACUACAUGUUUUCAGUGCCAGUACAAAGAAAAUGAGAAAUUAUUUUUUAAGAUUGAGAGGAAGGAACAAAUGUUUUGGGGGUUUUCUCAAAGAAAUCUUCUCAAAUGAUUAAAACAGCAGCUCCAAAUCCACACACUAAAAUCUGCAUCCUGUUUAUUAUGGGAACUUUGCUCUAAUCUCUUUUUAACUCGUUGUGUGAUUUCUCUCAGCUGUUAAAGUCUUAAAACAGAAUAUCACUCUUUCAAUACACUGCUCACAAUUCAGCUAUGCAAACUGAGACAAGUGGACAUGGCUUGUAUUAAAGUGGAUGUUAUGUAUUUCCAGCUCAAUUUACCAGAGUAGCUUUGUAUGAUUACUGUUCAGAAUAAUCCUUAUUUAUCUUACACUGGGCCUUACUGCAGCCUCUUAGUUCCUCCUCUGUUUGAAACGACCAGUUUUAGCUCCUCUCUCAUUCAGACCUGGGUUCUCAAAGUACGGCAUGUGGACCAGUGGGGGCUCGUAGUAACAAGGAAAAUUAAAGUACAUGUAAAGUGUUCAUAAAGCAGCACAGAGGAGACCAAAAGAGCUUUCCUCUUGAGUUUUAACCCUUCUGUUGUAUCUGUCAUAACAGACACUGUUGGUGCCAAGAAAUAGCACCUCAUUAAAUACCAUUAAAUUUAAAAACCAGGACAAAAAUAAUAAACCUAACUAUCUAAAUGUGUCUGUGCAGCCCUUAAUCAUACUCCUUCUGGUUUAAGACCACCCACUCUUUAAGUCAGCUUUCUUCUGAUUGGCCGCCCCUCUUAAACUGCAGCUAGGUGGGGCUUCUGUGUCUCAGAUGACCAAAUAAAGGAUAUCCAUCUUUUGGCCUCAUACAGACCUAAGAGUAGAAAAAAAACUAAGCUUAGUGUCACCACUCAGCUGUUUAGCUCCCUUCCCCCUUCUCUUCAAGUUAAAUUUCUUCUGAUUGGUUGCCCCUCAAAACCUGCAGGGACUUAAGCUCACGGGUGUUACUUGUACAUAUGCUGACUUCAUUAUUUGAAACCUUGGACAUAUUUACUAUGUACAUUGUGUCCUAUUAUUUUAUUUUCCCCCCUCAUUUCUACACUGGAAUAGGAAAAGUUUAAAAGAUUGGGAACCACUGGUCUGAACACAGAAAAGUUAAGCUUAUUUAAAUCAGAAACCAUGUGAUUUCAAAGAAUGAAUUCAAAACAUCUGAUAUUAAAAACCAGCUUUUUCUACACAUUUUAACUGGUACAGCAUGAUGGUUGACACCCAGUCCUGUCUGUGCAGGCAGAUGUGCCUCUCAGUGAUAAACAUAUCUGGCACAUUUCACACUGUAGUGUGUAGUAAACCUGGAUUAGUUGAACCAGUCAAAGCUUUUCCUGUGUUUGAAAGCCAUAAUUCUGGGAUACGUGGCGUCGGCACAGCGCGGCAUGUAACCGUGUAGCUGCAGCUUUAAAUCGCAGGAUCUUCACAUUUACUGGCCUUCUGUUGCACAUGAUUUAACGCUAAUGAGUUCACCUCUGGGUUCGGUGGAUUCGAUCCUGGUGAGCAUUUAGAGGCCUAUACUUCACUCCUGAACUAACCUCACAGGGUUUUUAUUUCCUGGUUUUUGUACCACAGCUGUACAUAAAUGAAUCUGUCUUUGAUGACGGCACGUCUUUCACAUCUGUGAGGGGAAUGUACCAUUCUCCUGAUAAAGGGGCGUAAAAUGUUCUCACAAUUCAAACGUGUACUUGGUGUUGUAAUUUUCUUCUAAAGAUCUCGUGUGUGAAUACCACCUCCACAUUUGUCUCUGAUGCUCUUGUAGAGACCGGACGUGUCUCUGUUUCCAGCUCUUGUUUGAACUACGGGCAUUUUCUGUCUCCGACAUGCAGUCUUUCUAUUAGUACUUUGUACUACUCAGUAUUACCAACAUUUUUUUUUUUUGAGAAAAAACAUAAAUAUUCUAGGUUUAAAAGCAGCUCGUCCAUAUGGGUUUUAUUUCUCCAGUGUCAUCUCAAAGCCUCCCUUGCUCUGAGUUUUAAAUUCUUUUGUUUUCCCGUCAUUUCUGCUUUCACACACAUUAAACACCAGUUACAUUCGCAUUUAUUCCACAACAAUACCAAACUGUCAUCACCUGAAAGCAGUUCACUUGUUAAUUUUGUCUCUGUAGAUGCACCUCAUACACUUUUUCUACAAACAAUGUGCCUAGUUUGUACAGUUUCUCCAACAGCAGCACUGCCCAUGAGACCAAGACCCUCAGAGAUUAACCCAGCACCAUCGCCCAGCCAACACCCUUCAAUCCAUCCUUCCAUCCCUCCAAGCCAAGUUUUCAUGUGGUGAGAUUGUGGGAGGAAUUCAGGACUUUCUUUCCCUUCAGCUUCUGUUACAUUAUGUAAAAUGGUCACUCUCACUUGUUUGUGGUUUCCUUGCUAGGACAAAGAUCAUCACAACCAUCACAUGGAGUUUCUGAACGUAGAAAUCCUGAUGUUUGAUGUCUGGCUGUAGUUGAUUUGGUUUUAUUUUUGUUCCAUUGUUAAUUUAAACUGUCUCGGCUACUGGCCAUUAGUCUUUGGUGGUGAAUACGAUGCCUGGCGAUAGUAACUGGGGGAAACACGCAGAGGAUUGGAAUUAAGCGUUAAGCAGACGUUUUAAUUUCAUUGUCAUGUUUGUACUCUGAAUUUUAUGGCUGUAGGCCAGCUCGCUGCAGAAUCUCUACACAGAAUUUAAGAAAUACGACUAAUGAAAAAUGGCAUUAUGGACGAGUAUGUUCAUUAUAUCGAUUAAAGGGGACCUAUUAUGCUUAGUUCCUAAUCCAGUCCACUCUGGAGCAUCUUCAGGUGGAUUGCAGUUCAAAGUAAUCUCUAUUUACAUCAUGCUUAGCCUUGAUGCAGCAACUCAGGUAUUUUAGCUCCCUUUAAGCCCAUUUUCUACUGAUUGGGUGCCCCUCAUUAGCUGCAAGUGGGCGGGGCUUCUGUGCCUGAGAUGACCAUAUUGGGUAUAUUCACUUUCUCUGCCAUCAUAUAGACCCAAGAAUAGAAAAAUGGAUGUUUGUAUCAGUCUGAAGCCUGAACUUGUAUUGUACACACUCUGACCUCAUUAUUACAGACUUUGGCCAUGUUGAGCAUGAACAUUGGAUCAGUACAGAGAUGGCAGACAGACAGGAAAAAGCAGAAUCGGUCUCCUUUAAUUCACUGUGGAAAAUUAAUUAAGAAAGAAUUAAUUAAGAAAGUCAGAAGCUCAACAGAUUUUCAAAGCUGAAGAGCAACUUUCAUUUUUCAAAUCCGAAUUUUAGAAAAUUAAAAUAAAUGACAAAAGCCAGAAAUGCAAUUCUGUUAUUUCUGCAAAAUGAAUUAAAGUAUUUUUAAAGUUUCUGCCUUUCAUUGUUGUUUUAGUAAUGUGAGGUAAGAGAAUAAAAACUGGGCCACCAGCAGUCACCAACAAAGGUGCUACUCUAGCUCUCGAGAGAGUUUUUAAAGAACCACAUUUAAACCUGUUGUCAAUGAAGGUGGUAUGCAGUUCUUCACCACACUGGUUUCCAGUCCAAGCGUCCACCGCAGGCAGGAGGAAGCACCCAGUCAGCUUCCUUUGAUUGGAAACCUUUGAGCUGUGGUGAACAGCUCUUACCAAAACCAAAGUUUACCCCAUUUUUGGCAUUUAAAUGUUAAAAAAAGAGGAAAAAAUUUAAAUAAUGUGGGUGACAACGUGAUUUCUGUGUAGUUCCUCUGACUAAAAAAAGAGAGAAAUGCAGAUCUCUCCUUUGUAGAAUUCCUGUUGGCUUCCAAAAUUUAAAUAUGGAUUUCAAAUCAAGGAAAUGCACGAAUUUGAUUCUGGUAGAAAACUUCACAAGACACAGGAUUCCAAGACAUGUAAAAAGUGAUUUAAUCUGAGAAAAUUUAGAGAUUACAUGUUUAUUUAACACAAACAAGUAUCCUGUGAAAGUGCUCUCAAAUGGGAACUCAUUUUCUCGCAAUGUUAAUUUAUAUAGAUUUAUGUAAAUCCUGUUUACGUUAGAGCGAAGUUUUUAGUGUUUAUCACAGCUUAUCCUUAGAAACAUUUGUCAUGGCUCCAUAACUGCUCAAAAAAAGUGAGAUAAUUAAUCACUGGACUACAAUAAAAACGACAAGGAUUUAUUGGAGAAAAUUAAGGCAACAAAAACAUGUUGAAUGUAACUUUUUGGCUGUUUACAUUAUUUUCUGAGAUAGUAAUUCCAUAUAAAUAAAUAAUGAAUCCAAUGUGUCAACAAAAAUAAAAUAAGUAUUUUAAACCUGCUUCAUCCAGUGUUCAGACUGUGGGAAAUAAAAUGGCCUCUGAAGCUACACGAUUCCCAAAAACAGUCGUAUAGAAAAACCUGAAGCUGUGAUAUUUACAUGAGUAAAGUGAGGACUUCUGCAAAGGCUCCAUCUGUGUUUUAUAUGUGAGCAUCACCUGUCAGUUACAAACAAAUCUUCAGAGACACUCCCCCAACAACUCACACCCUCUGUAGGCAAUAAAA